AUGAUGUCAAGUUCUCCUCCACUUCAUUCUCAUAGUCCAACAUCAAAUGGUGCUUCAUCAUCAAAUAGUGGUGGCCCAUCAUCAGAUGCAUGUAAUGGAAUAGUUGCUAAUCUUUUAUGUCAUCGACAACGAACGAAUGGUGAAAGUGAAACCUUUUCAAAGCGAGCUAUUGAAAGUUUGGUAAAAAAAUUGAAAGAUAAAAAAGAUGAACUUGAUGCGUUAGUAACAGCCGUUACAUCUGGUGGACAAAUACCAACUAAAUGUGUUACUAUUCAACGAACGCUCGAUGGAAGAUUACAGGUGGCUGGUCGUAAAGGUUUUCCUCAUGUAAUUUAUGCUCGUAUAUGGCGUUGGCCUGAUUUACAUAAAAAUGAAUUAAAACAUUUAAAAAUUUGUCCAUUAGCAUUUGAUCUUAAACAAGAAUAUGUUUGUGUAAAUCCAUAUCAUUAUGAACGAGUUGUUUCUCCUGGAAUUGAUUUAGCAGGAAUGCCACUUGUACCACGUUUUCAAUUACUUGGUCAUGGUGAUCCAUCAUCAUCAAAUGAUCGUGAUAUAUAUUCGACAGCAGAUGGAUAUCGUUUUUUAAAAGAUUAUAGAGAUGAUCAAAAUUCUCCACAACCUCUAGGUGCUAUUCAACAUCAAACACCUGAUACGACUAGUCCCAGUCCUCCACAUCUAUAUAAUACUAAUGGAACUGCUGUUACAAAUACAAAUGGUUUUCCACCAGCAAUGAUUCCACAAGAUGCACCUGUUCCUUUAUGGGCGCAGCCAUCACCAGCUGCAGCUAGUUUAUGGCAACCACAUCCCCUUGUUCCUACUAAUGGUUUGAGUGUACCACCUAUUCAACCAUUAGCAUUAAUUAGUAAUUUUGGUGAAUAUUGGUGCAGUAUAGCAUAUUAUGAACGUGAUAUACAAGUUGGUGAAACAUUUAAGGUGCCAGAUACAUUUAAAGAAGUGACUAUUGAUGGUGGAAUGGAUAUGGCUACUGUUGGUGAUCGAUUUUGUUUGGGUCCAUUAAGUAAUGUUCAUCGUACAGAAGCAAGUGAAAAAGCACGACUAUAUAUUGGAAAAGGUAUUCGUGUUGAAUGUCGAAAUGAAGGUGAUGUAUGGAUACGAUGUAAUAGUGAACAAGCAGUUUUUCUUCAAUCAUAUUAUCUUGAUCGUGAAGCUGGUCGUGCACCAGGUGAUGCUGUUCAUAAAAUUUAUCCUCAAGCUUGUAUUAAAGUAUUUGAUUUACAUCAAUGUUUUACUCAAAUGGAUCAACGUGUGAAAAUAGCUUUACAUGCACGAAUACAACAACAAACUCAUGGACAAACAAUGUCAUUACCAACUAAUUUAAGUGUUGAUGAAUUACGACGUUUAUGUGUGUUACGACUUAGUUUUGUUAAAGGAUGGGGACCUGAUUAUCCAAGACAAUCAAUAAAAGAAACUCCAUGUUGGAUUGAAAUUCAAAUUCAUCGUGCACUUCAAUUACUUGAUGAUUUAUUUAAUUCAAUGAGUCAUCAAUUGACAAGUGCUGUUGUGACAGCUUCAUCUUCUAUAUCAUCAAUUCCAUCGAUGAUUACAAAUAACAACAGUAAUUUAUCAUCUAAUACUAUUAAAAUAGAACCAACACAUUCUUCAUAUAAUAAUAUGGACAAUUGA